AUGGCUGGCCGACAGUCAGUUCGACUGCUCGCUCGCCAGCUCACAUCCUCCCAAUGCGCCCUUUCACAACAAUCCCAACACCAUGCCCGACGGGCAUUCUCCUCGACGCCUUCUGCCCUCGCGGCGCAUAACUUCAUGAUGCCCGCCAUGUCGCCGACCAUGACCGAAGGCAAUAUCUCCAGCUGGAAAGUCAAGGAAGGCGACUCCUUUUCCGCCGGGGACAUCCUGCUAGAAAUCGAGACGGACAAGGCGUCCAUGGACGUGGAAGCCCAAGAGGAUGGCGUCAUGGCCAAGAUCUUCCAGGGCGAUGGGUCGAAAUCCGUACAAGUCGGCACGAGGAUAGCCGUCCUCGCGGAUGCAGGAGACGACGUCUCGAGCCUCGAGAUCCCGGCCGACGACUCCAAACCCGUGCAGUCCCCAGCGGAGAACAUCAAGGGCGGGGACGAUGCGAAGUACGAGAGCUCCGGCGCGGAGAAGAGCACACCGGGCACACCGCAGGACCCGAGGCCCGCGAAGGACAAACCCAAGACGAGCCCGAAGGGACCGGGCGCGAAUCCGAAAUAUCCUCUCUACCCGUCCGUGAUUGCGCUCAUCCACGAGAACCACAUCCCCGACGAAGACGUGGCCAAGAUCGUCGCCACAGGUCCCAAUGGCCGACUACUCAAGGGCGACGUCCUCGCAUACCUGGGCGCCAUCGCGUCAGACUAUUCGGCCGAACAAUCCAAGCGCAUCGAACACAUGGGCCACCUCGACCUGAGUAACAUCAAAGUCCUACCCGCGACGCCGGAAAACAAGCCCGCCCCUUCAGAAGACACCACACGAGGCAAAGUGGCUAGAGCAGCCGAGGUCCCUCCCGUGACGAGCGUAUCCCUGACGAUUUCGCUGUCGGAGGUACUCAAGGUGCAAAAACGGGUCAAAGACACGCUGGGCGUGACGGUGCCCAUCUCCACGUUCCUCGCCCGCGCCGUCGACCUGGCCAACGACGACCUGCCGAAACCGAAAAACGCAAAGCCCUCGGCAGACGACCUCUUCAACGCCGUCCUCGGCCUGACAUCCAUCCCCACGACAUCGAGAGGGACAUACCUGCCGCAGAUCGACGCCUUUCCCGCCGUCCCGCGUGGAUCCACGCCCGCGCCAUCCUCACGCUCCUCGAGACAGCUGGGCACCAGUACAGAACACAAAAUCGACAUCCUCGACAUCCUGUCCGGUAAAGUGACGCCGCGACGGUCAGCAGCGGCGGCUCGUCUUUCCUCCACGCCGGCCUCCACGACCCCGGGGCGCACCUUGGCCACCACCUCGGAGGGGGCGCUCAACGUUUUCAGCCUCAUGGUGCCCAAGGGUGAGGAGAAGCGGGCCCGGACGUUUCUGGAGCGAGUCAAGACCGUGCUGCAGCUCGAGCCGGGCAAGUUGGUGCUCUGA